AAAUAUCGCCGGAGUAUGAGUGGCAUUCCAAAUCUGCAGGAAACAUUAAAAGAGAAACAGGCAAGAUUUAGAGAGGCAAGGGAAGGCCGAAAAUUGAAAAUUGAAUCUUCAUAUAAAUAUAUGUUUGAAAUCCUAGCAGAAUGUCUCAACCUGGACAUAGUAACUGUGGAAGAAUUAAUUCUGGAUUGUCCAUCUCUGGAAGCAUUUGGUAAUUUUUUUGUGAAAGAUGGUUGUAAGACAUUGAAAUUUUUGUACCAGGAAGGAGAUGUACCUGGCGUAGAAUGUGGUCGAACUAUUGCUGGAGUAACCAAAGGAGCAAAAAUGAUGAGACUGUAUGUAGACAGCGCAGCCCCGGAGAAAUUAAAAGGAGUGUGUGUAUUUUUUGUUCGCUGUCGCAAUGAUGUUGCUAUAAAUAUGAAAAACAUUCAUGAGGAAGUGCUAUUUACUGUUCUGGAUGCAACGGAAGGACUCUUAAUUGGAAUUAGAAAUAUGUUGGCAAAUGUAUUUCUGCCAGCUAUUCUUGCAACGAAUAAUUGGGGUGCUUUAAACCAGUCCAAACAAGGAGAGUCUGAUAAACACGUAUUCACUGAAACCAUCAGCAGAUACCUUUCAUUUUUAGAUGGUGCUAGAAUAAGUAUAGAGGGAACAGUUAAGUUGAAGACGAUAAGCAAUGUUGAUUUUACCAAAUUACAGACCUUUGAAGAAGUAACAGCUGCAGCUGGCAAUUCAGAAACUGUUCAUCAGCUAGAGGACGUGCUGAUGAUAUGGUACAAACAAAUUGAACAGGUACUUAUUGAGAGUGAGCAGAUGAGAAAAGAAGCUGAUGACUCAGGUCCACUCACUGAAUUGGAGCACUGGAAACGCAUGUCAGCCAAAUUCAAUUAUAUUAUUGAACAGAUUAAAGGGUCUAGUUGUAAAGCUGUCAUAAAUGUGCUAAGUGUUGCACACUCAAAAUUGUUAAAGGUUUCCAUGGCACAUGGAAUACAAAAUUUGAUUAAUGCCAUCAGGAUGAUUCACAGUGUUUCAAGGUAUUAUAACACCUCAGAGAGAAUGACCUCACUGUUUAUCAAGGUCACAAAUCAAAUGGUGACAGCAUGUAAAGCAUAUAUUACUGAUGGAGGAAUAAGCCAUGUAUGGGAUCAGGAAACACCAGUUGUACUAAAGAAAAUUCAGGAUUGCAUUUUUCUAUUCAAGGAGUAUCAGACGUCUUUCCACAAAACAAGAAAACAGAUUUUAGAAUCCUCAGGGGAAAAAUCUUUUGAGGUUUCAGAAAUGUAUAUAUUUGGGAAAUUUGAAGCUUUCUGUAAAAGACUGGAGAAGAUUACAGAAAUGAUAACUAUUGUGCAAACAUACUCAGCCUUGAGUAAUUCUACCAUAGAGGGAAUAGAUAUUAUGGCAAUAAAAUUCAAAAAUAUAUAUCAAGGGGUUAAGAAAAAGCAGUAUGACAUUCUGGAUCCAAGAAGGACAGAAUUUGAAACAGAUUUCUUAGAGUUCAUGGCCAAAAUCAAUAGUUUAGAGGUACAAAUACAGGCAUUUAUGAACAGUACUUUUGGAAAAAUCUUAUCUUCUCAGCAGGCUCUUCAGCUUCUUCAACGGUUCCAGAAGCUGAACAUUCCCUGUCUUCAGUUAGAAAUAAACCACACAAUUGAGCGGAUUCUUCAGUAUUAUGUGGCCGAACUUGAAGCUAUUAAGAAGCUUUAUCAUUCUCAAAAAGAUGACCCCCCUCUUGCUCGCAACAUGCCUCCUAUAGCAGGAAAAAUACUUUGGGUGAGGCAACUCUACCGCCGGAUAAGUGAGCCCAUCAACUAUUUCUUUGUAAGCCAUACCAUAGGGAUGACAGACAUAGAAACAGAGUUGGAAGGAGCAAAGAAAUCCCUAAUAAGUAACGUCAACAAUCAUUUAUUUGUAGCUUUACAAGCCACACUUUUUGUGCGACAUCCGGAAACAGGGAAGUUGCUGGUUAAUUUUGAUCCCAAAAUUUUGGAAGUGGUGCGGGAAACUAAGUGCAUGAUAAAAAUGAAGCUGGAUGUACCAGAACAGGCAAAGAGAUUGUUAAAACUGGAAAAUAAAUUGAAAGCGGAUAAACUGUACUUGCAGACAUACACAAAAGAAUGGGCUGAGAUUUUAAACCACAAAAGUAAGCAUGUGGAAGAAGCUGUCAGAGAACUUAUAUCAAUAUUUGAGAAAAUUUACGAAGUUAAGUACAGUGGAAAAACAGUAAAACAGACAGCAGAACAGCGGAAACAUGUUGUUUUUGGAAGUGAAACAGAGGAGGGUGGAAGUACUGAGUUUGAUGAUAAUAUUGUGACUGAAGAUGCUAAUGAUAAAGAAGAUGAAUUUAAAAAGGAAUGUAAAGAAGUCUAUGCUGUUUUUACUCAUCAGCUACUAGAUAGUCUUCAAAAAGCUACACGGUUAUCUUUGGACACAAUGAAAAGAAGAAUAUUUGUUGCAAGCCCUUAUGGACGAAAGUGGUCAGAAGAUAUUAUUUCCUUUAUAAAAGCUGAAGUACAUCUUGCAAUUCCUAAUGUGGUAAUGGUUCCUAGUUUGGAUGACAUUCAGCAGGCCAUUAACCGUAUGAUCCAGUUAACCCUGGAGGUCAGCAGAGGAGUGGCUCACUGGGGACAACAGCAGAUCCGACACAUUAAGUCUGCAAUUGUCAGCCCCAGCCGUACCACUACUGACGUGACCCAUCCAAGCACGGGAAAACAGAUCAAGAAGGAAGAGAGAUCUUUUGAAGAAAUUAUCCCUGCGAGGAAGCUGAAGAACUUUUACCCUGGGGUAGCGGAGCACAAGGAUAUUUCUAAGUUGGUCCUUCUCCUCUCAUCCUCUGUGAAUUCUCUGCGAAAGGCGGCUCACGAAGCCCUGCAGGACUUUCAAAAGUACAAGACUCUCUGGACAGAAGACCGAGACGUGAAAGUGAAGGAGUUUUUGGCUAACAACCCCUCUCUGACUGAAAUCAGAUCAGAAAUUCUACACUAUGCUACUUUUGAACAGGAGAUUGAAGAGUUGAAGCCUAUUAUUGUUGUAGGAGCACUUGAAUUGCAUACAGCCUACGCUAUUUUAAACAGGUUUGAAGUUGAAGUAACCAAAGAGGAAUCAGAAGCAGUUGAUACCUUGAGAUAUUCUUUCAACAAAUUGCAGAGCAAAGCUGUUUCUGUACAAGAUGAACUAGUUCAAGUGCAGCCAAAGUUUAAAAGUAAUCUACUAGAAUCUGUGGAAGUUUUUCGUGAGGAUGUAGCAAACUUUGCAGAGUCAUAUGAUACGGAGGGACCCAUGGUUCCAAAUAUACCACCCCAAGAAGCUAGCAACAGGCUACAGAUAUUUCAGGCCAAUUUUGAUGAUCUGUGGAGGAAAUUUGUUACAUAUUCAUCUGGUGAACAACUUUUUGGAUUGCCUGUGACUGAUUAUGAGGUUUUACACAAAACCAGAAAGGAACUCAACUUGCUGCAGAAGCUGUAUGGACUGUAUGAUACCGUAAUGAGCAAUAUUAGUGGUUAUUAUGAAAUGCUUUGGGGAGAUGUAGAUAUUGAAAAAAUUAAUGCAGAACUUCAGGAAUUCCAAAACAGAUGUCGUAAACUUCCAAAAGGACUUAAAGAUUGGCAAGCUUUUUUGGAUCUCAAAAAAAGAAUCGAUGAUUUCAGUGAGUCGUGUCCUCUGCUAGAAAUGAUGACCAAUAAGGCGAUGAAACAGAGACACUGGGAUCGAAUCUCUGAGUUAACUGGAACCCCAUUUGAUGUGGAAUCUGAUUCUUUUUGUCUUAGAAAUAUUAUGGAAGCACCACUCCUUAAAAAUAAGGAUGAUAUUGAGGACAUUUGCAUAUCUGCCAUUAAAGAGAAGGAUAUUGAAGCCAAGCUGACUCAGGUGAUUGAGAACUGGACCAACCAGAACCUGAGUUUUGCAGCGUUUAAAGGAAAGGGAGAACUCCUACUCAAAGGAACUGAGUCUGGAGAAAUUAUCACAUUGAUGGAGGAUAGUUUAAUGGUCUUAAGUUCCUUACUAAGUAACAGAUACAAUGCUCCAUUUAAAAAGAAUAUCCAGAACUGGGUGUACAAAUUGUCUACUUCCUCAGAUAUAAUUGAGGAGUGGCUGGUAGUGCAGAAUCUUUGGGUUUAUCUUGAAGCUGUUUUUGUAGGUGGAGAUAUUGCCAAACAGCUGCCUCAGGAAGCAAAACGAUUUCAGAAUAUUGACAAGUCGUGGAUCAAAAUAAUGCAGCGAGCUCAUGAGAAUCCCAAUGUGAUUAGUUGCUGUGUUGGAGAUGAAACCAUGGGACAACUGUUACCGCAUUUACACGAACAGUUGGAAGUAUGUCAAAAGUCACUUACAGGGUUUCCUCCUUACACAGGUUCCUGCUUUCGCAGGCUUUCCUGUAUUAAGUUAUGGAAGAGCACCCAGUCCAGUGUCUGCCAACCCACUGAGAAUCACAGCUUAGCCAAGCUGCCACAUAACAUUAAACAUCACAGUAUCAGGGGCCUAGCCACAGAAAGUAGAAGCUCUGAUGGCAUAGUGAAAAUGCAUAUCAAAUCAAUUACUGAUUUUGAAUGGCUAAAACAGAGCAGGUUUUAUUUUAAGGAAGAUUUGGAUCAAACUGUGGUGUCUAUUACAGAUGUUGAUUUUAUUUAUCAAAAUGAAUUUCUAGGAUGCACUGAUCGUCUUGUUAUCACUCCAUUAACAGAUAGAUGCUAUAUCACUUUAGCACAGGCUUUGGGAAUGAACAUGGGUGGUGCUCCAGCAGGACCUGCAGGCACUGGCAAAACAGAGACCACCAAAGACAUGGGAAGGUGUUUGGGAAAAUAUGUGGUUGUGUUCAACUGCUCAGAUCAAAUGGAUUUCAGAGGCCUAGGAAGGAUUUUUAAAGGCCUUGCACAGUCGGGUUCCUGGGGUUGUUUUGAUGAGUUUAACAGAAUUGAAUUGCCUGUAUUAUCAGUGGCAGCCCAACAAAUAUAUAUUGUUUUGACAGCAAGAAAAGAGAGGAAAAAACAGUUCAUUUUCUCUGAUGGUGAUUGUGUUGACUUAAAUCCAGAAUUUGGAAUUUUCUUAACAAUGAACCCUGGAUAUGCUGGGCGGCAGGAACUGCCAGAAAACUUAAAAAUUCAGUUCAGAACUGUCGCGAUGAUGGUUCCUGAUAGACAGAUCAUUAUGCGAGUUAAACUUGCAAGCUGUGGUUUUCUUGAAAAUGUAAUCUUGGCUCAGAAAUUUUAUGUUCUUUACAAACUCUGUGAAGAGCAACUUACUAAGCAGCCAGGCUGUUUUGAACUAGCUGAUGGACAGGUUCACGUGAUAUUUAUUCCAGGUCUUCUCUAUAUGCUAGUAAAUUUGUUUCAAUCUAUGACAUUUUAGGUUGAUGAAGAUGAACCGCUGUUCCUCAGCUUAAUCAAUGACCUGUUUCCAGGAUUACAGCUAGACAGUAGUACUUACACAGACCUGCAAGAUGCAGUAGCCAACCAGGUUGCGGAAGAAGGUUUAAUUAACCAUCCACCUUGGAAUCUCAAACUUGUGCAGUUAUACGAGACAUCUCUGGUACGUCAUGGCUUGAUGACUCUUGGUCCCAGCGGUUCGGGGAAGACGACUGUUAUAACAAUUUUGAUGAAGGCGCUGACAGAAUGUGGAAGGCCUCACAGAGAAAUGCGAAUGAAUCCAAAAGCCAUUACCGCGCCUCAGAUGUUUGGCAGACUGGACACUGCCACCAAUGACUGGACAGAUGGGAUUUUUUCUACUCUGUGGAGGAAAACACUAAAAGCUAAGAAAGGUGAAAACGUUUUCCUCAUUUUAGAUGGCCCGGUAGAUGCCAUUUGGAUCGAGAACUUAAAUUCUGUGCUGGACGACAACAAAACUCUAACAUUAGCUAAUGGGGAUCGCAUCCCCAUGGCCCCUAACUGUAAGCUUUUGUUUGAAGUCCACAAUAUUGAGAACGCCUCCCCUGCUACGGUUUCACGGAUGGGCAUGGUCUACAUCAGCAGCUCUGCCCUCAGCUGGAGGCCGAUAUUACAGGCAUGGUUGAAGAAGCGUACAGCACAGGAAGCCUCUGUAUUCCUAAAUUUGUAUGAUAAAGCAUUUGAAGAUGCAUAUACAUUUAUGAAACUGAACCUCAAUCCAAAAAUGCAGCUCUUAGAGUGUAACUAUAUUACGCAAUCUCUCACUCUUCUGGAAGGUUUAAUACCGUCCAAAGAAGAAGGCGGUGUUUCAUGCGUUGAACAUCUUCACAAACUCUUUGUGUUCGGCCUCAUGUGGAGUUUAGGGGCCCUUCUGGAACUGGACAACCGGGAAAAGCUUGAGGCCUUUUUACGAAGCCACCAAAGCAAGUUAAGCUUACCAGAAAUACCUAAAGGCACAAAUCAAACCAUGUAUGAGUUUUAUGUGACUGAUUAUGUUGAUGCUGUCUUGCUCACAGGAGAGCAGGGAACAGCAAAAACAGUAAUGAUUAAGGCCUAUUUGAAAAAGUAUGAUCCUGAAGUGCAGUUAUCCAAAUCUCUAAACUUUUCAUCUGCCACAGAACCAAUGAUGUUUCAGAGAACAAUUGAAAGUUAUGUGGAUAAGCGAAUGGGAAGCACAUAUGGGCCACCAGGAGGGAGAAAAAUGACUGUAUUUAUUGAUGAUAUUAAUAUGCCUGUAAUUAAUGAAUGGGGAGAUCAGAUAACUAAUGAGAUUGUGCGACAGAUGAUGGAAAUGGAAGGAAUGUAUAGCUUGGAUAAGCCUGGAGACUUCACUACUAUUGUUGAUGUGCAGCUCAUAGCAGCAAUGAUCCACCCCGGAGGUGGUCGAAAUGAUAUUCCACAACGUUUAAAAAGACAAUUUACUGUGUUUAAUUGCACCUUGCCUUCAAAUGCUUCAAUAGACAAAAUUUUUGCCAAUAUUCUUCCUGAACCGUACUUUGUAGAUUUUCUCCGUGAUAUGCCUGAACCAACGGGUGAGGAGCCUGAAGAUACUGCUUUUGAAGUCCCCAAAGUCUAUGAAUUGAUACCAAGCUUUGAGUUCCUGUCUGAAAAGCUCCAGUUUUACCAGAGACAGUUCAAUGAAAUCAUUAGAGGAACAUCUCUUGAUCUGGUGUUUUUUAAAGAUGCAAUGACUCAUCUUAUCAAGAUUUCUCGAAUAAUUCGAACGUCAUGUGGAAAUGCAUUACUGGUGGGUGUUGGUGGCUCGGGAAAACAGAGUCUUUCAAGGUUGGCCUCUUUUAUAGCUGGAUAUCAGAUAUUCCAGAUAACAUUAACCAGGUCUUAUAAUGUGAGUAAUCUAACAGAGGACUUAAAAUUUUUGUACAAAGUUGCUGGUGCUGAUGGAAAAGGCAUCACCUUCAUCUUUACUGACAAUGAAAUAAAAGACGAGGCAUUUCUAGAAUAUCUUAACAACUUGCUGUCUUCAGGGGAGAUCUCCAAUUUGUUUGCACGGGAUGAGAUGGAUGAAAUCACCCAAGGUCUGAUAUCGGUGAUGAAAAGGGAGCUGCCUCGCCAUCCUCCUACCUUUGAUAAUCUCUAUGAGUAUUUCAUUUCGAGAGCAAGGAGAAACUUGCAUGUUGUUCUCUGCUUUUCUCCGGUUGGUGAGAAGUUCCGUGCCCGUUCUUUGAAGUUUCCUGGUUUGAUAUCAGGCUGCACUAUGGAUUGGUUUAGUCGCUGGCCGAAGGAGGCUCUGAUUGCGGUGGCCUCCUAUUUCCUUUCAGGCUACAAUAUUGUCUGUUCUAGUGAAACUAAAAAGCAAGUCGUAGAAACCAUGGGCCUCUUUCAUGACAUGGUUUCAGAGAACUGUGAAAAUUAUUUCCAAAGAUACCGCCGAAGAGCCCACGUGACCCCAAAGUCAUAUCUCUCAUUUAUAAAUGGUUAUAAAAACAUUUAUACUGAAAAGGUGAAAUAUAUUGAUGGACAAGCUGAACGUAUGAAUAUUGGUCUUGAUAAGCUAAUGGAGGCAAGUGAAUCCGUUGCUAAACUCUCUCAGGAUCUUGCAGUGAAGGAGAAGGAAUUGGCAGUGGCUUCUGUAAAAGCAGAUGAAGUAUUAGCAGAAGUCACAGUAAGUGCACAGGCUUCGGCUAAGGUGAAAAAUGAAGUACAGGAGGUAAAAGACAAAGCCCAGAAAAUUGUGGAUGAAAUUGAUACCGAAAAAGUAAAAGCUGAGACCAAACUCGAGGCAGCUAAACCUGCUUUGGAAGAGGCAGAAGCAGCCCUGAAUACAAUCAAACCAAAUGAUAUUGCCACGGUCAGAAAACUUGCAAAACCCCCACACCUUAUUAUGAGGAUCAUGGACUGCGUUCUGUUACUGUUUCAAAAGAAAAUUGACCCGGUUACUAUGGAUCCAGAAAAACCUUGCUGCAAGCCAUCCUGGGGAGAAUCAUUAAAAUUGAUGAGUGCAACAGGAUUCCUGUUCAACCUUCAGCAGUUCCCCAAGGAUACCAUAAAUGAAGAGACUGUUGAGUUACUACAGCCAUAUUUUAAUAUGGAUGACUACACCUUCGAAAGUGCAAAAAAAGUCUGUGGGAAUGUGGCCGGUCUGCUGUCUUGGACACUUGCUAUGGCGACAUUUUAUGGCAUCAAUAGGGAAGUGUUGCCCCUGAAGGCUAACCUGGCAAAGCAGGAGGGCCGUUUAUCAGUUGCUAAUGCUGAAUUAGGGAAGGCACAGGCCCUGCUGGAUGAGAAGCAAGCCGAGUUGGAUAAAGUACAAGCAAAAUUUGAUGCAGCAAUGAAUGAGAAAAUGGAUUUGCUUAAUGAUGCCGACAUGUGCCGGAAAAAGAUGCAGGCAGCUUCCACUCUCAUCGAUGGACUGAGUGGAGAAAAAGUCCGGUGGACUCAGCAAAGUAAAGAGUUCAAAGCUCAGAUUAAUAGACUUGUAGGUGAUAUUCUGCUGUGCACUGGAUUCCUUUCCUACCUCGGUCCUUUCAAUCAGAUAUUUAGGAAUCUUUUGCUUAAAGAUCAGUGGGAGACAGAGUUGAGAGCGCGGAGAAUUCCUUUCACUGAAAAUUUGAACAUCAUUUCAAUGUUGGUGGAUCCUCCAACAAUUGGUGAGUGGGGGCUGCAGGGAUUGCCAGGAGAUGACCUCUCAAUUCAGAAUGGCAUUAUUGUGACAAAGGCUACCAGGUACCCACUCCUGAUAGAUCCACAAACUCAAGGCAAAACUUGGAUUAAAUCAAAAGAAAAAGAAAAUGAUUUGCAGGUGACGUCUCUGAACCAUAAAUAUUUCCGCACACACUUGGAGGACAGCCUUUCCUUGGGCCGACCCCUUCUCAUUGAGGACAUUCGCGAGGAGCUGGAUCCAGCCCUGGAUAAUGUAUUAGAAAAGAAUUUCAUUAAAUCAGGCACCACUUUCAAGGUGAAAGUUGGUGAUAAGGAAUGUGAUAUCAUGGAUACAUUUAAACUUUAUAUUACUACAAAGUUACCAAACCCUGCCUUUACCCCUGAGAUCAAUGCUAAGACGUCCGUUAUUGAUUUUACCGUUACGAUGAAAGGACUUGAGAAUCAGUUACUAAGGAGAGUAAUUCUGACAGAGAAACAGGAGUUAGAGUCUGAGAGGGUUAAACUUUUGGAGGAUGUUACUUUUAAUAAACGGAAGAUGAAAGAACUGGAAGAUAACCUCCUCUAUAAAUUAAGUGCUACAAAAGGUUCCUUGGUAGAUGACGAAUCUCUCAUUGGUGUCCUCCGAACCACCAAACAGACAGCAGCUGAAGUAAGUGAAAAGCUACACGUAGCUGCAGAGACCGAAAUCAAGAUAAACAUGGCUCAGGAAGAGUUCCGACCCGCGGCGACCCGAGGAAGCAUCCUCUAUUUCCUCAUCACAGAGAUGAGCAUGGUCAACAUCAUGUACCAGACUUCACUGGCCCAGUUCCUGAAGCUAUUUGACCAGUCUAUGGCCAGAUCUGAAAAAUCUCCACUACCUCAAAAGAGAAUUACAAACAUUAUUGAGUAUCUGACAUAUGAAGUUUUUGUAUAUUCGGUCAGAGGCCUCUAUGAAAACCACAAAUUCCUCUUUGUGCUGCUCAUGACCUUGAAGAUCGAUCUUCAGAGAGGGACAGUUAAGCACAGAGAAUUCCAGGCUCUCAUUAAAGGGGGAGCAGCCCUAGACCUGAAAGCGUGCCCUCCCAAACCAUUUCGCUGGAUCCUUGAUAUGACCUGGCUGAAUCUUGUGGAGCUGAGUAAACUUCCACAAUUUGCAGAAAUUAUGAAUCAGAUAUCUCGGAAUGAGAAGGGGUGGAAAAGCUGGUUUGACAAAGAUUCUCCAGAGGAGGAAAUUAUCCCUGAUGGAUAUAACGAUUCGCUGGAUACCUGCCGCAAACUUUUACUUAUCAGGUCUUGGUGUCCAGAUCGUACUGUUUUUCAAGCAAGAAAAUAUAUCGCCGAUUCUUUGGAAGAGAAGUACACAGAACCAGUUAUCUUAAAUCUGGAGAAAACUUGGGAAGAAAGCGAUGUACGAACACCUUUAAUAUGUUUCCUGUCGAUGGGAUCCGAUCCCACCAUUCAAAUUGAUGCAUUGGCCAAGAAACUGAAGCUGGAAUGCAGAACUAUCUCGAUGGGGCAAGGACAGGAAGUACAUGCUCGGAAGCUGAUUCAGAUGUCAAUGCAGCAGGGUGGAUGGGUAUUACUGCAAAAUUGUCACCUUGGCCUGGAGUUUAUGGAAGAAUUACUAGAGACACUAAUUACCUCUGAAGCCAGUGAUGAUUCUUUCCGAGUGUGGAUAACUACCGAGCCUCAUGAUCGAUUUCCGAUUACAUUGCUUCAGGUUUGUUAUUAUGAGAUAAGUCGCCUUCCGUUGAGGGUUAAAGAUGGCAUAAUUGGCAUUAUUGAAAGAGGCGUGUCGUGGAGUACGGUCCGCUACAUGAUUGGAGAAGUACAAUAUGGAGGCAGAGUGACAGAUGAUUUUGACAAGCGUCUACUUAAUUGCUUUGCUAGAGUGUGGUUCAGUGAGAAGAUGUUUGAACCGUCGUUCUGUUUUUAUACUGGAUAUAAAAUCCCCUUGUGCAAAACCUUGGACCAGUAUUUUGAAUACAUCCAGUCCCUGCCAUCCCUAGAUAACCCCGAAGUCUUUGGGCUUCACCCCAAUGCUGAUAUCACGUAUCAGAGUAACACUGCUUCUGAUGUUCUUGAAACAAUUACCAACAUUCAACCCAAAGAGAGUGGAGGUGGAAUGGGAGAGACUCGGGAAGCCAUUGUUUAUAGAUUAUCUGAAGAUAUGCUGAGCAAACUGCCUCCUGAUUAUGUUCCUCAUGAGCCAGAUAGCUUCCUCACAGCAAUGAGGCAAGAAGUGACCCGAGCCCACAAAGGCUGGGCCCUGGACUCUGUGACAAUCCACAAUGAGGUCCUGCGACAGACAAAGGAGGAGAUCACAUCACCACCUGGGGAAGGUGUGUAUAUUUAUGGACUCUACAUGGAUGGAGCAGCCUGGGACAGACGGAACGGGAAGCUCACAGAAUCUACCCCCAAAGUACUCUUCACGCAGCUGCCUGUGUUACAUAUCUUUGCCAUCAACUCCACAGCGCCCAAGGACCCCAAGCUGUAUGUGUGUCCUAUUUACAAGAAGCCGAGGCGCACAGACUUGACCUUCAUCACUGUGGUAUACUUGAGAACAGUUUUGUCCCCAGAUCACUGGAUCCUGAGAGGAGUGGCCCUUUUGUGUGACAUCAAGUAA